AAAUAGGCGGAAGCAGACUAGGGUCUUCGCUGUAUUAUUACGGCCCAGUUUCUUGUCGCGUUUCUAUUUUCAAGACCAAACAAGCCUUUGCUCAACACAAGCAUGGAAGGUCAUCUAAAUCAUCAUAAUAAGAAGGGCAGGGCCGGUGGGAAGAAAAAGCAGCAGCUCUUCAGUGGUGACAUAGUCUUCACUUCCAAGAAUGGAUCCAUCCAAACUAUACCCUGUCUGAACAAGCGGCUCAAGUCAGUCACCGAUGCUGUUAUUGGCCUGCAGUACAUAUGGGAGUAUCGGAGCCCAUCUAAGUCGGUUCCUCCCCAUUACCAGUGUAAACUCUGUAAAGUUCAGCGGCUGCAGAAUGAAAUGGCUGCUCACAUCACCGGCUGGAAACAUGGCUUCAGAUACAUGAAGCAGAACCACAAAGACAAGGUUCCCCAUGAAGAAGAUGCUGCACUUAAAGAUCCGUCCAUCAGGAAAGCCAUUAAAGCUGCUGCUGCUGAAGUGGAGAAAGCUGAGGGAAGAGGUCAAAUUAAGACUGUGCUAAAGGAGCCAUUUGAGGUUAUGGCGUUUCAGGCCAUGAAGUCUGCACAACCCAAUCCAGCAUUUGCAGGAGCUGCUGGUCUUCUUGGGCCUCCUCCAAGAGGGUUAAAAUCAGGUGGUCAAUAUGGAGGUCCCAUGUACAUGGGGGAUUUCCCACCCCGGGGUGGCAUGAUGCCUGAUUUCCCCCCUGGCAUGCGUGGGGGUAUGGAUGAACCCCCCAUGAGGAGAGGUUAUUCUGAUAUGGGUGACUUCACUAGUCCAGGUCGCUAUGGUAACGGCAUGCCUGGACCAGACAGGGGGAUGAUGGAAUCAGACGACAUGCAGCAUUUCCCUGAUGAUGGACCCAUGCGCAUGGGCCCAGAUGGCUUUGGGCCUGGUCAGCGUAAUGAGGGUAGGGGCAGACCUUUCCCUAAUGACAUGCCCAUGAACAGCAGUGGCGACAGAUUGAUGGGACAUGGCCCUAAAGGCCCGGAGAACAAUAGCCUCCCGGCGACGCUGCUCAAAUAUCUGGACUCUUUCCGUAUUGAAAACGAGGAUGAUGCUCAGAUUGUCUUGAAAGUCACACAGAAGCUCACAGAUGUUCUGAUGGAGUAUCGCCUCAGAAGUAUUUCAUCGGUGCCCAGUGUGAAGCCCCUGCCCUCCAUGAAUUACUCAUCCUCAUGUCUUCCACACAACUCCAAUGACAGAUUCUCCAGCGGCAUGCCAGGUCCAUCAAGAUUCUACAACUGAGCACUGAUCUGAUGGAUGAGGCCAAGACUUGGAUGAAAACUGCUUCGCCUGUUUUUGACAUGGCUUUUUUGACUUUGUUCAUGACCAAACAUUUUUUUUUUCUUGACUUUUAGGCUGCUUUGUUUUUACAGUGUACACAUGAGUAGAAUUAUUUUAAAUGUUUCAUUUUUUUCCUUUCUCUUUUGAUGAAAGAAACAGGUUUGUAGCAACACUGUUUUAGUGAGUGAUUAAACCGUCUUUAAGUGAAGCCAGUAAGAUCCUCAAACAACGUGACUGCUUGUUUCUAAAGGUCUGUUGUCAUAAUGUGUAAAAUAAAUUCAUAGUUCCUUACCGAACCUUGUUUCUUUUGUAUGAUUUGUGGGUAGUUUCUAUAUCCUUCAGAUUGUCCUUGCUUCAAUCAGGUUGUCCCAUAGUUUGAAUACAGCAUCUCCAUCAGUUUUAGCACCUGCAUUGUCUUAUAAAGCUCACUGUCCUCCAGUAAAAUUUAGGUUCUUCAUUGGCUCUCCAAUGACUUUCUUAUAUUCGUAGCUUGCUUACACUUGGAGAUGAGGUAGGCACAGUGAUACUGAUAUGACAAUAUUGAUCAAAAGCAGCAGCAUGCUCAAUAUUUUUGUUCUACUUGAACACUAGAGUAGGCCACUCCCAACAACUUGUCCACAUGAUGUAGUGCAGUACCACCUGCACAAAUGACCAAUGACAGUAUUGCAGGGUUAUUCUGCCUCGGUCUUGACUGCUCUCAGUAUAACUUGUUAUAAGGAAUGGUGUGCUGCUGUUAUACAGAUUUCCUAAGCAGUUCUUGAUAUGUAUCUUUAAGUGCAAACUUUUUUUAACUGACAAAAAUCUGAGACUGAAAUUGAAUUGAGAUUGCAAGUCACAUUUCUAUUAAGUUUAAUUACAAUAUAACAUUAAAUAUACAUGUCAAAUGAAAAACAAAUUUAUCUGAUCACCAAGACAUCAGAAACAACUCAAAAUGGUUGUUUUAGUUUUUUACAAACAAGAAUGCAUAUGCCAAAUCAAAAUACUGAAUCAAUUAGACAAUUAAAAAAAGACCGGUUUAAGUGUCUUGUUUGAAACACAUUUCUUCUGUUAAACGUAAAAUAUAUACAGUUAAACUGAAAUAACUAAAUAUUAAUAUGCAAGACAAGAUAUGCGAUUUAUCGGUUUUUAAUUUAAGCCAGUAAGCUGCAUGUUCAGUAGCUACAACCAAGGGGAAAAAAGUGCAAAAUAAUGCAAUUCAGCUUGCGUUUUAAAUGUGAAAGUAAACAGGUAUUAUUUAUCCAUUUGUAGCAGUCCUUAAUACACUAGUCAACAUUUGAAGUGGAUUAAAACCUUUGAAAGUUAUCCUAAAACCAAAACAAUACCCGUUUUUGUCUUAGGACAACUUCGAUAAUUUUGAUCCACUUCAAAUGUUGACUACUGUAGUUUGGCAUCCAUUGUACUGUACAAAAACAGUGAAGUUUUUUUUUUUUUUUUUUGGUACACUCCUUCCAUGUGGUACUCAAAAUCCUUACUGGGCAUCUUCAAUUGUUGUACCUAUAAUAUCGCUUGAGGACGUUUUUUUUUUUUCAUAUAUGUAUAUAUA